AUGGCAACCCAGUUCUCCACGGCGACUGCCAUCCCCGCGCACCAUGCGCCGUACCAGCACCAUGCACACAGAAAGUCGACCCAGUACUCGCCCACGGGCACGCCCAUGAACAUCUCGCCCACUUCCCCACGCGAGGCGAACAAUCUGAUGAAGUACCACCAGUCGGUUCGCCCAUCCAAACAGGCCUUGGGCGUCCCCGCUGCGCUCAGGCGCACAGAGCGGCCCUCCAAGCAGUCUCCGCCCAAGUACGAUUCGGCAUGCGCUUCGCCAAGCGGCGGUUGGGCUGUCAAUGGCGGCUUAACGAGCGCGAACGACGGCCUAGGCACACCAGUCUCGCAAGUCAACAACGAGGACAUGCACAGCAUCUAUAACGAGCUGCCCAUGUCGCCCAUCGCAGGUCCGAUUACGCGCAACCACUGGCAGGCGGACAGCUCCACUUCAGCAUGCUCAGCGCCCUCGUGCCAGGUGCCAUUUGGCCUUUUCAACCGCCGCCAUCACUGUCGCAAGUGCGGUGGCAUCUUCUGCGCACAGGACUCCUCUCAGCAGGUUCGUCUCGACGAGCUUGCCCGCUUCCACCCGGAAGGCGAGUGGCACCGCGCGUGUGAUCGAUGCCACGGCUCUUUCCGUGAGUGGGAGCACCUUCGCCUCAGCCGUAGCAACAGCGAGAGUUCGAGCGGUAGCGGUACCGCCGCACAGCCUGUCCAAGCACCCGUAGCAGCAAAGCGCCCAGAGGCCCGCGUCGGCAGUCUGGCGCAGAGCUUCCAGGGCGCGUGGAACUGGAGCACAUUUUAG